GAGCCCGCCAGUGUCUUCCAACAGCCUCGGCGACCCGCUGCCAAUAUCUGACACUUCGCGCAUUGAUGCAACACAAAAUACGUGAUUUGCGUCGCGCUUUGUCGCCGUCAAAAGGAACGUACAAACAGCGAUAACAGGUUGCCUGAUGCCCUGGCCCGUCGCAUCUUAUUCGCAGUCCUUUACCUUCUUUCGCCUGUGUACUCCUACUGGCCAUGAGCACUGGCUGGAAUUUCACAAUUGACGACUCAAGUGCAUUCAUUACCUACAAGCCUUUCGAGGAUGGUGGUUUGGGAAAUCGUACCCUCAUCGGUUGGGAGCCGUCCUGGUCAGGCUCGGGUGGCUUCCCUACGGCCUACGCAAACAGUGCUUCGGGACAAUCGCUUCACAUCACUGCUCUCGACGGGGCUAGCUUGAACUUUCAGUUCUAUGGUGAUGCCGUUUAUCUGCAUGGAUCGACGAAUGGGACCUUCGACGUUACCAUCGACAACGAUGCGUAUACUAAUCAAUCGGCCGUUGGAAACGGGCUUCUCUACUUUGCCGACGAUCUUGCAACCCAAACACACUAUGUGACACUGACCGCACACUUCUCCGGCGCCGGUCAAGUCCUAGAGUUUGAUCUCGCGAAUGUAACCUACACAUUCGCAGAUGGAUCUGAUGGCAAACCGCUCGAGGUGGUAUAUGCCAAUACGAACACUUCUGCCUUCCAGUACACGGGAGGGUGGUCUGUCAAAUCGGACGCUGACGUGCCAAGUCCGACAUCGACGGCACCUUUUCAUAUUACCUCUCAGUACGGCUCGUCAGUAUCUUUGAACUUCACGGGAGAAGCCAUCGCAAUGUACGGUCUCAGAAACUGGGGUAACUGGAUUUAUAACGUGACACUCGAUGGGUAUCAAACCCAGUAUAAUGGAAGCACACCCUGGAAGCAAGGCAAUUCGCUUCUCUUCUUCGAAGCUGGACUUGACCCCAAUCGGACGCACACCAUUGUCUUGACGGAUGAGGCCGAUCAGACCUACUGGCAAAUGAUAUUGAACUCUGUCUCCGUGUUCCAAGCCAAUCAUACCCAAGGUGGCACAGCAUCCAGUUCUGCGACCUCUGUGUCAAACAUAAGGAAAUCAACGAACGCCGGCGCCAUCGCAGGCGGGGUCGUUGGUGGAGUUGUUGGGUUACUCCUCAUCAUCGGUCUGAUUCUGUGGUUGUUCCGCCGCCAUGCAUCCAGGCAGUACGAUGCAUCCCGGAAGUCCGAUAUAUCACCCUUCCCCGUCCUUCCCACCGCCGCCACGCCGUCCUCCCACUCACUCAAGGACGGAGCCGUGCCUACCACUGACUCCUCGUACACGGCGCCUGUGACUCCGGUCAUGUAUCACAAAGGCGCGUCAGUUGGCGGUCCACCCACCGCACAGAUCCCUGUGUCUGCUCCGGUCACUGUAGUCUCUACCAGUCCGCCCAGCAGCAGCAUAGGGCCUCCGACCGUUGCGACUUCUGAGACUGGCGCCCCACCGCUUCCUGAAACGGGCCUGGUCGCAGGGGUCGCAUCUACACCCGGGCCAUCUGCAGCGCAUCCUCCGGCUGUGAGCGUGGACCACAUCAUUGAACUCAUCGCGCAAAGGAUCGAUCGUAGGUCGUCCAGAGGUCCUUACGAGGGCGAUGCUCCACCGCGGUACCCGGAAAGUGUCUACAGUGACUGAAAGUCUUCAUUCCCGGGUCCGAGACUAGCACGGACAUGGUCGAAUAGCUGUUCGAGCUGUUCAUUCAUUCGUUGCCCUUCACUGGCACUUGGGUGGUCCGGUCAUUUAUUGUGCCAUUUUCUCGUACGUAUGAAUCUAUAUAUACUUAAUGUGAUCAUGCCUGGAUCAUUACCUCUCGGCCGCCUCGAGUACUCCGAGCGAGUUGCGCCGUUCAAGAAAACCACUCCCAGUGUGCUGGCCUUCAAAGAUCAA